AUGCACUCUCCUACCCCUGCGACCCCCAAGAUCGCGUCGCUCGAAAGUGCCGUCCACCUCGUCAUCCUCCAGCACGGGCUAUUGGGCAGCAAGCACGACUUUGAUCGGUUCGCACAGCUCUUCCGCACCCACUUGGAAGAAGCCGACGAGCACGUCUAUGUCCACGCAGCAGAGAGCAAUGGCUCGGGCUUUUUCAGGACAUUUGACGGGAUUGACCACGGCGGAGAACGCCUGGCUACUGAAAUCCAGCAAGUGGCUACACGGAUGCCGCAGCUGCAAAAGCUGUCCAUGAUUGGGCACUCGCUUGGUGGAUUAUACAAUCGCUACUGUAUUGGUGUGCUCUUUAGUCGCGGAUUCUUUGAUAAGAUUGAGCCAAUGAAUUUCGUGACCAUGGCAGCUCCUCAUCUUGGAAGUCGCCGGCCCCGUCGUGGUGCAACAAACGCCGUGUUUAAUGCACUAAUGCCCAAGAUGUUUAGUCGAACGGGAGGUCAAUUGACGUUGAUGGAUACUGCAACGACGGAGACGCAGGCGCUCAGCUCUGCAUUGAGUGCGGUUCAGAACAAGAAGUUUUUUCCAGCAUUAUCGGAUGUAAAUGGAGCUUUGCUGGUCAGUUUUCCAGCAUCAGAAAAGCUGCUGGACAAUGCACAGGAAUCGUUCGAGCUGUUUGAUUGUGUCUUGAGUGAUCGAAAGCUUCGAAUCUACGAAAGCCAGGAGAAGGUAGCCGAGAACAAGGCAAAGCUUGAGAUUGAUAUGUCCUCGGCUGAUGUGAAGAUCAUACUACCCAGCAGAAAAAGUGCAGGAAACAGCGCACAUUCUCACGCAAGUUUUAUCGGACCAGAGCAACGUGGAUCUAUUGAGCAGCCCGACGAGUCGGACAACUUUCAUACCUACAUCCGUUGGUCUGCCAAUGGAACCGAACCGGCAGGUGCGGACGUCUGUGUGCUGCGUAUUCCUGAAGCCGACAUCCACCGCGAGUGGAGAUGGCUUGUCGCGCUCAGUAAUGCUGCAUUUGGUGUGCGCUGUCUGACAUUCAGUGAAAGUACGAAUGAAGCAACGCAGCAAGUAUCGACAGCAUCCCCUCUCCUCAGCUGCAUGACUCGAGGUCAGUUUAUGCAGGCGUUGCAGAUGUUCAAGGUGCGCACUUUGUACUCGAAUAUAUUCCUCGACAUGCAGGUGCCGUACACGUGCGCAGCGAUACGCGCAUUCAAUCCGUAUCGCUCAAGUACGGAAAAGUGCCUCAUGUCUCCGAUUUACAAACACAUUGCGUCCGCUUCCCUCAAGAGCGCACGUCAGCUGCGGGAUACGAUUCCUCGUAAGAUCAAGCAUCUCGCUUCAAGGAAAACGACGACCGACGGAGCAGCUCUAGUCUCACCGUCGAACAUGGAGGAUGUGCCACACAGCGAUCAUGACGCUAAAGGUGGCAACACUGACAGUUCUAUCAGCCGUAAAAGCUGUGAAGGAAUGGUCGAAAGGAACUCUCUUGCAGCUUCCAGCGGGAGUGGCCGACCGCGUCCAUCGUUUUUCAGCCGUCACCGUGGGAAAACCGUUGGCGCUGCGCUUGCAGACGAAUCGUGUGGCUCUCGACCAGAACCAAUGGUUGAUGGCGAUAUUAUCCUUGAUCAGCUGCCGUUCGCCUUUACAGCUGAUGCCGAGCAAGAUGAACUGCGAGGAAUGCUACUAUCGAUGCAAAGUGUGGGCUGGCGGCGGAUCGACGUCUUGUUUGGAAGCAUCAUGUCGCAUGAGCACAUUAUUGCCAAGCGAGCCAACUUGGACAAGCUUCUUGACUCUGGUGCCGAUGUUGUGCACCAUGUUAUGGAUACGUUCGUCCUAUAA